AUGUUUCCCUGUCCAAGCACGUCCACUCCCUUCUCUGUAAAGGAUAUAUUAAACAUGGAGCAGAGUCAUGGCGUUAUGGCGUCUUCUCUGGACGCCUCCUCACGUAUGGACUGCUGCAGCCUGCCGACCUCCUCCUCCUCUUGCUCCUCUUCCUCCUGCAUGCUGGCCCGGUUGAAGCAGGAACCUCUCCGGGACAUGCCGUCUCCCGCCGCCGCCGCCUCGCUGUUUGGAGAGGACCUCCACGAGUCCCGGGCAGUCAGAGGCAGCAGCGCACUCAGCUUUGCCUCCAGCUUUUACGGGAAAUCCCUCUUAGACGUGGACAUAGUCAAGGAUGAGAAAUCAGACGGGUUUGAGGGGAAACGCAGAAAAGAAGAGUUCAGUCCUCCUCUCGAGCCCGUGGAGGACCUAAAACACGAGCAUCCGGACCGAGCCAAGCCCCGCAGACGCAGGAAGCCGCGGGUGCUCUUCUCCCAGGCGCAGGUGUACGAGCUGGAGCGGCGCUUCAAGCAGCAGCGCUACCUGUCCGCCCCGGAGAGGGACCACCUGGCCGGGGUGCUCAAGCUGACCCCGACCCAGGUGAAGAUCUGGUUCCAGAACAGGAGGUACAAGUGCAAGCGGCAGCGGCAGGACCAGAGCCUGGAGAUGGUGUCCCUGCCGCCGCCCAGGAGGGUGUCGGUGCCGGUGCUGGUGCGGGACGGGAAGCCCUGUCUGGCGGCGGACACGGCCACAUACAACCCCUCCUACAGCAUGGGUCCCAUCAACCAUUUCACCUACAACAACUACCCGGCCUUCAGUAACUACACGGGGCCCGGCUGCAACACAAACUAUGCGUGUAGUUAUCCUGCUGCCACGAUGCAAACUGUGCAAAGUUCCUCCGGCGGCGGGGGUUACAUGAACUUUGGCGCCGGAGACUUGAAUAAUGUGCAGAACGGCUUCUCCUCCAGCACCGGGGUGUCCUCCCUACAUGGCAUCAGGACAUGGUGAACACGUGUCUCACCCGUUAUACUGACCACAGUUUAACAGGAUGAUGGUCCGACUGCAUGCAUCUGUAAAUGUGUCAAGAUUUUGCGGAGUUCAUUUAACUUCUUAUAUUUAAUGACUUAUAUUUGGUAGUUUUUGUCUGAAUAGCGACCUUUCGUGUAUUUUCGUGGCAUUGGCGCACAGACCGGUAGCUUGAGAGAGAAAAAAUGCAUCUAAAAUUAUUUAAAUGUUUUUGUAAAAUGUUUCAAUUUGUACCACCAUUUAAAAGAUGUUUUAAUUCAAUAAAACUCAGAUACAGUUGCCCAAGUGGCGGUCCUAUAAAAUAUUACCUAAUUGUAGCAAUUUAGACUAUGGAAAAUGAUUAAUUCAAUAUAGACUAUAUUAUUAUUAUUAUUAUUACAAUCCCCAAAAAUUAUAACUUUUUCGAAAUGGGCUCUUAAUUCUUGAAACAUUAAAGACAACAAUAGCCUAUUAGAGAGCCAUUAAGCCAACAUUAAAUAAAUAUAAAUGUGAAUGACAGUAAUAAUAAAUUAUAAUUUUGACAAUAUAUACAUAAUACCUGCAUGUGGUUCUUCUAAUGGAUGAGUUGGUCAUAGAUCCACAUAACGGAUCCUACACCACUCAUGUGGUUUGUGUCCGGUGCUCAAGUGGCAGUUAGAAAGCUUCCUUCAAUAUGCUCCAGAGGUUAAAAGGUUGUUAAAAGUUUACACUUUUUUACAACCCGCUGUCAGACACAUGUGUUUAAAAGCCGCUGCAGGGACAGAGGGCUAUGAGCCAUGACCUUGACUUGUAAUAA